GGAUCAAGCAAACAAUGCUGCGGUUGUUGCAGCUUUAUUCUGAACUCUUCUGUUGAGUGCUGAUUUCUGCUGGAAGUGCACGAUUGAUUAAUUAAAUCCACAUUUUAAACCAUUCUAAAUGAAGGAGGAAUUGAACAGGCUGGAGAAUACUCUGGAUCAAGUGCAUGAUGCAAAAUAUGUUGUUCAGAACAACCAUGAACAUCCAAUUGACUUUGGAAAUAAGAUCGAAAAAUGUCAAAUCAGCAGAGGGGUUCCGGAAUCAAAAGCAAAAAUCAUUCAGCGAGCAUGGCGUGAGUAUUUGCAGCGACAGGACCCUCUCCGGCAUAGCUAUAUGGAGAAACGAAGCCCGUCGCCUCCUUCUCUCUCCUCGGGGAAGAUGAGCACCUCCAUCAGCAUGAACACCCUCUCCGACGGCAGCACUCCUUAUGCCAGGUGAAGGAAUAGAUUCAAGUGGUCCACGCAGGUCACUACAACGUACCAGAAUAUUGGAAGCUACCUGCACACUGACCAAGAUGAAAGAAAUGCC